CUGCUCACAUUCAUUUCUUUCUAGUUGAGCCAGGAGUUACGCGCAGUCUUUGUAGUUUGUGUGUAUCUGUCACGCGUUGCUUGGCUAGAUGAAACGUGUAUGUCCCGAUUGUAAUGAAGGGAACGACAUUAUGUUUUAAUAUUAUUUCUCCCUCUCUCUCUCGUGCAUUUGCCGAGUCCGUCUUGUUUGGAUUAAUUUCGAACAAACGGAUUAACUAAGGAUAUUAUCGGAAGAAGUCGGAGCAUGUUUUGAGUGGCCAGGAGGAAAAAAAUGACGAACUUCCCCAAAGACCCUGUGCCAUCGUCGCUGUGAGCACGUAUUGGUGACGUCAGCAUCAUGUGUAGAGUAUACCUUAGCAAGCUGGAGAGACAACACAUCAUCGUGUACGGAACCUUCUCUGGAGAGACUUCAAGGACACUGUGCUACUUCUGAUGUCGUGAUAAUGGGGAACCAUUUAGGCUAAACAGAAAAGUUGUGUUCUUUUUUGGAAUGACUUACGCUACGUAAUGCUUUCUGGAACGAAGGAGCACCAUGUGUUCUGCUUCAGAGUAAAGACCAACAAACAAAAAUAUAUUAUAUUAUAUUCGCCGGCGCCCCUAUAGUUUGAAAAUGAUACGCGUACUUCCAAGGACUUCCUGAGGAAUGUGGCAUCGAAGACGAACACAAAAGUCAUAAUUUGGUUCCUGAUCCUGAGGAUGCUCUAAUAUGGCAGGAGCGAAGCAUGGAGUACAGACCGUGGGAGUUCCUUCUUUGGACUACCAGAAUUUGUGAUUAGAAAACAAAACAACAACUUCUACACAUCUGCUGCUCCGGCUGGUAAUAUUCUGACAUGGAUAUGACAGAAGACAGGUUUUCUGUCAAUGUGACGGGGGCCUCUAUGGGCGCUCCGCUAUCGUUUAACGCCACCAAUGAGACGUUUGAUGGAUCUUUUGAAAGCCCAUUUGCUGUUCUAUUCUAUCGCUACAUGUUCAUCGUCAUCUACAGUAUUAUCUUCAUCGUAUGCAUAGCAGGCAACAUAAUGAUGCUCAUAGUGACAACAAAGAGUGCCCGAAUGAAGACUCGGACUAACUUCUUUCUGGCAAACCUCGCGGCAGCUGAUCUCAGUGUUGGCCUUAUCUGCGUCCUACCCAAUCUGCUCACUUUUCUGUAUCCUGGGUGGCUGCUUGGAAAGGUGAUGUGCAAGUUGUACUACUUCACUGAAAGCUUCACGUUCUGUGUGUCUGUGCUGCUGCUUGCCGUCAUCGCUAUGGAGCGGUAUAUCGUCGUCAUGCACCCUCUCAAGGCCAGGGGGCUCUUCUCCUCCAGGCGUAUGCACGUAGCUCAGGUCGGCAUUUGGUUACUCGCUGCGAUCUACAACAUUCCGCUUCUGCUCAUCUUCGACACUCUCGUCUCAUCGGACGGAGAAGGGGAGAUCACGUUUUGCUUCCUUCUCUGGCAGGUCAUCGACAUGCGCCUCUACUAUACAAUCAACUUCAUCUUCUGGUACGUCCUCCCUCUGACCACCAUGUCCGUCGUCUACGCCAUCAUCUCGUGCGUCCUGUGGCACUCCGGAAACUUCUUCACCAAGGACAGCAACGACAACAGCAGCACCGGCAGCAACAAAAUGGCGCCUGCCACCACCAGAGCAGACCGCUUGUCUGGCGUUUCUUCAUCCAGCAGUCAUAGCAGCAGUGGUGGUCGAGGAAGCAGCAAUGAUGGUGGUGGUGGUGAUGGUUGCUAUACCACGACGAGCGUCGGUGGUCCUACCUCUCAGCAUCAGCACUUGCAGACCCAAUGCCGUCUCCACGAUAAGGUCAGCGAACAUAACCCGCUCAUGUUCAUCGACGAGGACGAUAAAGUUGGGGGAGGAUGCGCGGGAUGUUGCUCCACACCGGGGUCAAAGGUGAAGUACAGGGAGCCUUCUCCGAGUCGCGCGGUCCCAGACUGUUGCUGUUGCUGUGGCGUGCCUGAUGAUGUUGGUGAUGGCGUCGUCCGUACCGGAGGCGAGUGGGGUCGGGCUAGGGGCGCUGUGGUGAGUGGGGCAGCCAGUACUCCGGGGCAGGCAUCGAGGGGAGGUGGUUGUCUGUCGUGUAGUUGUUGUUCGGGGAGUUACACCGGCAGUGGUAGUAGGGAGAGAAGCGAUGGAAUCAAAGAGGACGACAACAUCAGUGUCAAAGACUUUAAGGAGAUCUCGAGGAAUGACCACCGCAUGGUAUGUCCCUCCCACCACUCUGUCGCAGUUCGCGUGGAUGGUACGGGCACCCAAGCGUUUCUCUCAUACCACACCGCUCCACUGACCGGUGACUCCUCCCCGAAAAGCGGAUUUGACCACCCGCAACAAGGGCGGCAACUUCCUUACAACAGCCGAAAAACGCAAGAGCAGCGGGGCUUUACGAACACGAGACAAAACUCUUUCGAAAUGGCAGUCUUAAACAACCGAAACUCAUGUCGUCAGCACAGCAGUAAGAGGACUUCAGCUCAACAGAAUCACGGAGGACAUUUUUUCGGCAAAAAUGGUCCGAAACAGCGAGUGAACCGGAUGUCCUUCUGUUCGGAGUACCGCUCGGACACUUCUCAUAGGGCCUCAGUCUCCGCGCCACUGGAUGUACGCACACGAUACGUCACAGCGUCCAUGCGAGUUCUCACAUCGCGCCGGAAAGUCGUUCGUCUUCUCGUCAUCGUUCUUUUCAGCUUCGCCAUCUGUGUGCUUCCACACCAUGUGCGUCUUCUCAUGGUCCACUGGGAGGUCUACCCAAGAAGCUCCUUCGGCCUGGGCUUUUUCCCUCCUCUCGCAUUCAUCUGUAUGUAUCUCCACUCGGCUCUCAAUCCCGUCUUGUACUGUCUCUUCUCUGAGAGCUUUCGAAGAAGUAUUCAAGAGUGCUUCCGAAGAAGUUGGCAUCGGAGGCGAUCGUCACUCAACAUGAACGGGUACCAUUGA